AUGAUUGAUGAAUCUUCAAGUACAAUAACAUCAUCGUUAUCUGAUAGCAAGGAGGAUGCUAAUGGGUUGAUUUCAUGUUCUUGUUCAUCAAAAACAACAAGAUAUCGUUUUCUUGCAUCAGUAUAUGGAUUUUCUAAAAUACAAUACUAUGAUUAUUCGGAUCUUUCAAAAUUACGAGAGGACGAAUUAAACCUUGGAGAAGAUUUUUACUUUUAUACUAAUUAUUAUUUAGGAGUUUCCGAUGGUGUAGGUGGUUGGUCAUCAUAUGGAGUUGAUUCAUCUAAAGUGAGCAGAGAUAUAAUGAAUAAUUGUAAAUAUUAUGCAAGUGAGGAAGAAAAAUGUUUAAUUAAUUCUCACAAUGGAACAGUAUUGAAACCAAAUGAAAUUUUAACAAUGGCAUAUGACAAAGAAUUAGAAUAUUAUAAUCAAUUGAAUAUUGAUAAACCUCUUGGUAGUACGACGGCAUGCGUGCUACACCUUGAUAGUUUAACCUGUUCUCUAAGUUAUACCAAUAUUGGAGAUAGUGGUUUUAUGAUUUUAAGAAAAUCUGAAAUAGAAAAUCAACAACAGACAUUAUUUGUUGCUAAGGAUCGUUCACGUAUUAUUAAUGGUUUAGGUAAAGCACCAUAUCAAUUAAGCUUUUUACCUCCAAGAAUGAUUGAAACAAAAGAAUAUUUUCAUGAUAGCCCUUCAGAUGCUGUGACAGAAACUAAUAUUAUAACUCUCAAAGAAGAAGAUAUUAUUAUAAUGGGAAGUGAUGGACUUUUCGAUAAUAUCAAAACUGAUUAUGUGGCAGAAUAUGUGAAUGAAAUAUUUCCAAAUGGUAGCAUAGAUGAUGUUCCAAAGUUAGCGAGGGAGCUUGCAGAAAUUGCAAGAAACCAACACCGAAAAAUAGAUGACAUAGUUUGUCUUUGUGCAAAAGUUGUAAAACAUUAA